CAGAGGCCACAAUGUAAUCUGACAGUCGUUAUCCAACAACGGCACUCACCUCUUAUUCCCCGAAAACAUUUUCUUCAAACACAAAAACAAUCAGAAAUUGUUUUGAAGGGACAGUGAAGCAGCAAUGGCAGCGUCCGCAACUUCGGGAGUGUUUUUGACAAACGCUUCCAGUCUGUGCUUCCGCAAUACAGAUUCCUCAAAGAGAUCGUCGAUGAGGACCAGAGCCGUGUCGGAGCUAGGGUUCGUGACCUCGCAAUUGAGCGGCAUCAAAAUCUCCUGCAACCAAUGUGAUGUUAUCGGAGCCCUCUCUGCCCCACUCACUCCUCGUAUUCAGCCUAUUGUUGCCCGUAGGAUCUGUCCCUUCACUGGGAAGAAGGCGAACAGAGCAAACAAAAUUUCUUUCUCAGCCCAUAAGACCAAGAAGUUGCAGUUUGUGAACCUACAAUACAAGAGGAUUUGGUGGGAGGCUGGUAAGCGCUAUGUCAAACUGCGGUUAUCAACCAAGGCAUUGAAGACCAUAGAGAAGAAUGGUCUGGAUGCUGUUGCUAAGAAGGCAGGGAUAGAUCUCCGCAAGGAGUAAAGCGGCCGUUGGUACAAGCCUUUGGAUGUGUUGGUAAAGCAUGUUUAGUUACUUCAUCCUUGUUAUACUUUUUUAAUUUUGUGUUUCUUUCCUGUUGGAUCUUCUGUUUAAAUGAAAGUUUCAUUGCUAUAA